AGAACCACAACGCACUCUCCUCUUCCCCAUCUCCAUGGCUUCAUCCAUCCGCAGCAGCUCCGGUGCGUCGUCGCGGCCGCCGGCCUUGGCCUUCUCCUCGCCCUUCGCCACCUCCUUCACCGAGCUGCUCACCGGAAGUGAUGAUCAGGAGCCUCUGCGGCUUGGGUUGAGCCAGGAGCCAGCAGGUGGUGUGGCCAAGUUCAAGUCUGCGCCACCUCCCUCCCUCCCCCUCUCUCCUCCUCCCCUCUCCCCUUCCUUCUUCUCCUUCCCCGCCAGCCUCAGCCUCACAGAGCUCCUGGACUCCCCUGUCCUCCUCUCCUCUUCCUCAAUCUUGCCUUCUCCCACCACUGGAUCUUUACCUGCACAACAUCUCAGCUGGGGCUUCCCCGGAGCUAAAGAGGAGAACACAGCCUUCUCCGACUUCUCCUUCCAAAGUCAACUACAACUGCCAAACUCCACAGAGCAAGGGAAUUCUCAGGCUCCGAGAGAGAAGAGAUCGGAUGAUGAUGGAUUCAACUGGAGGAAGUACGGGCAGAAGCAAGUGAGAGGGAGCGAGAACCCGCGGAGCUACUACAAGUGCACUCAUCCUAGUUGCCCCAUGAAGAAGAAGGUGGAGAGGGCCGUGGACGGGCAGAUCACUGAGAUUGUGUACAAGGGCAGCCACAACCACCCAAAGCCUCAGUCCGCUAGGAGGAACUCAGCUUCCUCUCAGGCGACAACUCAUGCUGCUCUGCCCUCUGAAGCAGGCACACUGCCUACUGAUUCAGCUCUCACGCCGGACAAUUCAUCGGUCUCAUUUGGGGAUGACGACGCCGAUACCGCGCACAGGAGCAACACCGACGCAGAGGAAUUCGAUGAAGAUGAAUUGGAAGCAAAGCGCAGCAAGAAGGAAGGUGAUGGUGAAGAAUUAUCGACCACCGGAAGUAAGACAAUCAGGGAGCCCAGAGUUGUUGUGCAAACUCCGAGUGAUGUUGAUAUCCUUGUCGACGGAUAUAGGUGGAGAAAAUAUGGGCAGAAGGUGGUGAAAGGAAAUCCAAACCCAAGGAGCUACUACAAAUGCACGACGACGGGUUGCCCGGUUAGGAAGCAUGUGGAGAGGGCAUCCAGCGACCCGAGAUCGGUGAUCACAACCUACGAAGGAAAGCACAACCACGAAGUGCCUACGGGCAGAGGAAGCAGCACCGGGCAAGCAAUUAGCAGACCUCAACCUCAUGAAGCUAAAUCCAACUUGCUGCAACCUUACCCAGUGAUGGCUGCUCGCUCUAAUCUCCGUUCAAUUAGCAAUCCCUAUGAUCGAAUGUUGCAGAAUUCAGUCGACUACGGAGUCCCGACGCUACAAAUGUUACAGCAUUAGAGAAUCCAAGUAGUCAUAAUAAGCUCUUGACAUCUCCAUUGUUGUGUCGAGAUUAGCUGACUGGUGUUUGCAUUUGUUCUGUAAGCAAUAGCAGUAUGUUAUUAGCAAGAACUAAACAAAGAUCACUUGUGAGUCAUUAACAACAGAGAAUACCAGCUCUGUAUGAAAUCUAAAUGCA